CACUUUUAAUGGUUGAGAUUUGUUCACUUUUUAUCAUAUUUAUUAAUAUGAAUGUGGAAAUACUUUAGCAUGCAUUCCUUCUCUACAUUUUGCUUCAAGUUAUUUAGUUUAUGGUACUUAUUGCUUAUAAUUGGCAUGGCGCAGAUAUUGAGCAGAUACUCUUAGCAGCACAGCGUCGGUGGUUAUUGCCAGCUGAAAUAUGUGAAAUUCUUCGGAAUUAUAAGAAAGUUGGCAUUACCCCAGAACUCGUUAAUAAGCCACCAAGUAUUGUUCCCCCCAACUUUAAUUAAUUUUCAUUAGGCAUAAUUCCUUUUGCUAGGCAAUUAUAAUUCUUUUGAUUGCGUCUACAGUUUGCAUUGAUAUGAAUUGAAUCUAACUCUUGCUUUUGUGUGGCAAUGCAUAUACUCUCGGCUUGUUUGGUUCGAGGAAUGAUUGUUCCUUGGUCAAACCAAGAAAAACCAAAGCAGGCAAAAUUAAGAAACUUACUGAUGGCGC